AUGGCGAGACAACGUUUGGUGCGUCAGGCCCGUGGCACGGAAGGCUCGAGUAUCAAAAGCGCGCGCGCCGGCAGCAAAGCGCACGACCACCCGCGUCGCGAACAAGAGCGGGCGCGCAUGCGCGCUCGGGUUCUCAAGGUCAACAUGUUCCAGACGGGCCAGCCCUCCACCACAGCUGCAGCGUACGAAAAAGUGUGGAACGGUUUGGCCGAGUACUGCCUGCUCCGCGGCGACUAA